UAAAGUGGUGCUUCUGUUAGUGAAAGUCAGAAGACUUUGCUGCUGGUUCUUUUGUUAUAGCUAAAACCCAGGAUGGCCACAAACAAUACAGAAAUGUAAUUUUCACCAUAUCGAGCAGAUAUGCAGCCGGUCAUGCACUUUAUAUCAUUAUUUUUCGAACUUUGGAAAGUAAAUCUCACCUAUCUAAGAAAAAUAUUGAAAUGUUAAUUUUAAGAUUGGUCAAAAACAAUGUGGAAAGCAAAUUUUAUUGAUGCAACUAACCAGGUGUUUCGGUGGGUGCAUGGGUUAAUUUGUCUUUAGCUUGAUAGCGAUUUAUACAGGUAAGAGCUUUAAAGGCUUUAGAUUCCGAUCAUUACACAUCAUCAGCACAGCUAGUUGCAUUAGGAAGGUUGAAUUCCAUUAUAGGUUCUAUCCAUUACCUGCUUCUCAGACCGAGUCAAUAUUGGAUCAGCUAUAAACUCUACCGGGUCAGAAAUUUAAUUCUGAUAUUCUACGUAUACUGAGAGUAAUUGCCGCUACUUAUGGAAAUCGUUGCUAUCAUUAUUAUUAUUGAGCACUACUUUUGGAUGGUCAUUGGCAAAUGCAGACUGUAGAGUUAGAGGUGUGCACACAAGUCUUGAGCCUCAAGGAGCGAAUGCAACCAUCAAGUUAUGGCCCGAGUGAUUGCUUGUCUACGGUAAAUUAGGUUAAGAGCAAAAAAGAGAUGAGGCAUUAUUUUAUCUAGAGGAUGCCUAAAGCACACAAAGAUUGUUGACAAAGAAAACGAGCUAAUUCAGUUGUUCAUAAGGUUCACCACUUCUUUACCAACUUCUCAGUUACCUUUGCCAGACUCCAUUAUAAGAAUCAAUUCCAGUUAGGCCUUCUCUACCAAUACUUUCAAUAUUUUUGCCCUUUGAAUUUUAUAAUCAAUGGAGGAAGAUAAGAAUCUUCCAUUAGUUUCUUCUAAUUCAGAUGGCUACAACAUGGGAAUGGUAUUGAUGCUAGCUUGCAUGGUUUUGUCUUGGAUUUUUAUCCACAGAUGGAACCAGAGGCAAAAGAGAGGCCCGAAAACAUGGCCGAUUGUAGGAGCAGCAAUUGAGCAGUUUAUGAACUAUAAUCAAAUGCAUGACUGGCUUGUUAAAUACCUGUCUGAGUUAAGAACGGUGGUUGUACCAAUGCCAUUCACAACAUAUACUUACAUUGCAGAUCCUGCUAAUGUAGAACAUGUCCUCAAGACCAACUUUGCUAAUUAUCCCAAGGGUGAGACAUACCACUCAUAUAUGGAAGUCCUGCUUGGAGAUGGGAUAUUUAAUGUAGAUGGAGAACUCUGGAGGAAGCAGAGGAAGACUGCUAGUUUUGAGUUUGCUUCCAGGAAUUUAAGGGACUUUAGCACAGUAGUCUUCAGGGAGUAUAGCUUGAAGCUCUCUUCUAUUCUUAGUCAAGCAUCUUUCCACAAUCAAGAAGUAGAAAUGCAGGGAUUGUUAAUGAGGAUGACUUUGGACUCCAUAUGCAAAGUUGGGUUUGGAGUAGAAAUUGGAACGCUGACUCCCAGCCUACCAGACAAUCGCUUUGCUCAGGCAUUUGAUACUGCCAACAUCAUCGUGACGCUUCGGUUCAUCGAUCCAUUGUGGAAAGUAAAGAAAUUUCUUAAUGUGGGUUCAGAGGCUCUACUUGAUAAGAGCAUUAAAAUCGUUGAUGAUUUCACCUACUCCAUGAUUCGCAAAAGGAAAGCAGAAAUAGAAGAAGCGCGUGGCACUGGUAAAAAUAACAAGAUGAAGCAUGACAUACUAUCAAGGUUCAUUGAGCUAGGUGAAGACCCGGAAAGCAACUUGACAGACAAAAGCCUAAGAGAUGUUGUCCUGAACUUUGUGAUAGCAGGGAGAGAUACAACAGCAACAACUCUCUCAUGGGCUAUAUACAUGGUAAUGACACAUAACCAUGUAGCCGAGAAGCUUUACUCCGAGCUCAAAUUUUUUGAAGAGGAUAGGGCAAAGGAAGAGAAUGUUAAGUUGCAUCAGAUAAACACAGAAGAUCCUGAAUCUUUCAGUCGAAGGGUAAUGCAAUUUGCAGGAUUUCUGACUUAUGAUUCCUUGGGAAGAUUAUACUAUUUGCAUGCAGUGAUCACAGAGACACUUCGUUUGUAUCCAGCAGUCCCUCAGGACCCCAAGGGUAUCCUGGAGGACGAUGUCUUGCCUGAUGGAACCAAAGUAAAAGCAGGAGGCAUGGUUACUUAUGUUCCCUAUUCCAUGGGUAGAAUGGAGUAUAAUUGGGGUCCUGAUGCUGCUUCAUUCAAGCCUGAGAGAUGGCUCAAAGAUGGUUUCUUCCAAAAUGCAUCUCCGUUCAAGUUCACUGCAUUUCAAGCUGGACCAAGGAUAUGCCUGGGUAAGGACUCUGCAUAUCUCCAAAUGAAGAUGGCACUGGCCUUAUUGUGUAGAUUUUUCAGCUUUAGUUUAGUUCCAAAUCAUUCAGUAGAUUACAGAAUGAUGACAACACUCUCGAUGGCACAUGGCCUGAAGCUUAGGAUAGCCAGGAAAUCGUAAGUCUAGAAGGCGUUAUCUUGAUGUUAAUCCGAGAUAGAUGCAAUCAAUUUCCAUGAAAUUUCGAAGUCAUAUCACUUCGAGCUAAAUAUAAUGACAAUUGGUUUAAGGUUUAAA